CUAACCCUGUGGGACUGGGGCGUUACACCGUUCCUCUUCCAUGACUUCACCCUCCACUUUCUUUUUCCCCGUUUUGCCCUCUCUAGACCUCCUCCACUUCAUCCGAAACAGCCAGCCCGAGACCGAGACGGCCCACGGGCCACACCACCACGGAAACGCCAAAGAUGAUCCCUACGGCCGCCGAGUCCGCUUUCUGUCUCCCUUUCUCUCCACCUCCAUUUGGGACGCUAGGGAUGUGAUUAGUUUUUUCCGGGUUCUGUGGGUCCUUGGCGCUUCUGAAAGCAUUAGGAUUUUGAGCUUCGUAUAGUGUUUCAACUGUCUAAGAAUCCAAUCAUAUACGACAACCAUUUCUUCUGCUCCUAAAUAUGCUCCGGAAAAUCAAUUGCUUUUUCCAUUUUCCCAAGCACGUAUCGUUUUCUUCCAGCUUUAACCCAUGUACCUGCCAACUUCCCCUUUCCUCCUUCCCGCCGAGUUCACCAUAUUUAAAAUCCCUCUGUUCUAACGGUCAACUAGGAGAAGCCCUGCUAGAGAUGGCCUUUCAAGGCCCUGCAAUGAAGUUCGAAGGCUACGACGCGCUCUUAAAUGAGUGCGUGAACCAAAGGGCCAUCAGAGAAGGCCAAAGAGUCCACGCCCACAUGAUCAAAACCUGCUAUCUCCCUCCCGUUUACCUGCGGACCAGGCUGAUUGUCUUAUACACCAAGUGUGACUCAUUGUGUGAUGCGCGGAGAGUGCUCGAUGAAAUGCCUGAACGGAACGUCGUAUCAUGGACGGCCAUGAUUACGGCAUAUUGUCGGAAGGGAACCUUUCUACAUCCAUUUGGUAUACCAUGUUUCAUUAACUUCCUUUUAAUGUGUGCGAGAUUUGGUAUGUUUAAACUGUGCAUGCACACAAUAGCGGGUGAAGUAAUUGACAGGAAUACAUCCCUUUCUCGAGGUACGGAGCCUAAUGAGUUCACCUUCGCUACUGUUCUUACUUCUUGUAUAGGUCCCAAUGGGAUUAACCUGGGAAGGCAAGUCCACUCUUUUAUAAUCAAAACAAGUUUUGAAUCCCAUGUAUAUGUUGGAAGCUCACUUCUUGACAUGUAUGCCAAAGCUGGUAGAAUUCACGAAGCUCGAGGGGUUUUUGAAUGCUUGCCAGAAAGAGAUGUUGUCUCAUGUACUGCCAUAAUCUCGGGCUAUGCCCAACUUGGCCUUGAUGAAGAGGCACUGGCGCUAUUCCGUAGGUUGCAGAUGGAAGGAAUGAGUUCAAAUUAUGUCACUUAUGCCAGUCUUUUAACUGCACUAUCUGGGCUUGCCGCAUUAGAUCAUGGAAAGCAAGUUCACAACCAUGUCAUUCGUUCUCAACUACCCUCAUACGUGGUUCUUCAGAACUCUCUUAUUGAUAUGUACUCAAAGUGUGGAAGCCUUACCUACUCAAGAAGAAUCUUUGAUGGUAUGCCUGAGAGAACUGUCAUAUCAUGGAAUGCUAUUCUUGUGGCGUAUAGCAAGCAUGGGAAGGGAAAUGAGGUGGUUGAACUUUUCGAAUCGAUGAGAGAAGAAAAUAAAGUCCAACCUGAUAAUAUCACUAUUUUGGCUGUUUUAUCAGGUUGUAGCCAUGGAGGGUUGGAAGAGAAGGGGCUGGAAAUUUUCUAUGAGAUGGAAACUGGGAGAUUUGGGGUUGAGCCAGAGAUUGAGCAUUAUGGGUGUGUUGUUGAUUUGCUUGGGCGUGCUGGCCGAGUAUCAGAGGCUCUUGAUUUUACCAAAAAGAUGCCCUUUGAGCCAACUGCUGCUAUAUGGGGUUCACUUUUAGGUGCUUGUAGGGUUCACUUGAAUGUCGAGAUCGGUGAUUCAGUGGGUCGUCGGCUUUUAGAACUUGAGCCUGAUAAUGCUGGGAAUUAUGUCAUUCUUUCCAAUUUAUAUGCUUAUGCAGGGAGAUGGGAGGCUGUAAGAGCUUUAAGGGAGUUGAUGAAGGAAAAGUCUGUGAUAAAGGAGCCAGGAAGAAGCUGGAUUGAGCUUGAUCAAAUUCUUCAUACUUUUCAUGCAAGUGAUCGUUCCCAUCCCAGAAGGGAAGAGGUGUCUGCUAAGGUGAUGGAGUUAUCAGUCGAAUUUAAGGAAGCCGGUUAUGUUCCCGAUUUGAGUUGUGUUUUAUAUGAUGUUGACGAAGAGCAGAAGGAGAAGAUACUCCUAGGCCACAGUGAAAAACUGGCUUUGGCUUUUGGGCUGAUUGCUACCCAUAAAGGAGUGCCCCUUCGUGUCAUUAAAAACCUCAGGAUUUGUGUUGAUUGCCAUAAUUUUGCAAAAUUUGUCUCAAAGUUAAAGGGGAGGGAAGUGUCUCUCAGGGAUAAAAACCGGUUUCAUCAAAUUGUUGGAGGGAUCUGUUCUUGUGGAGAAUACUGGUGACUCAUGAUGAUUCUUGAUGGGAAAUAAUCUAAGUGCCCGUGAGGAUGAAAGAGUGGUCCCAUACAUUACUCUC